CCAUUCGUUUCGAUGGCACGAUCAUCGGCAGCACAAACGUCUGACUUGAAUUCGCUUUUGGGUAUUCUGAACAAGGCUAUCCCAGAUGUUGUCAGUGCAGACCCUCGGUCAUAUGAAGAAGCACGCAUCGAAGCCAUCCGGGCGUGCGAAAAAAUGACCGCCCUUUUACACGAUCCGUUCCAAUGGCUGUUCGUGGAGUCAGCCGCAUACAUCGUUCCUGCUGCGAUGUCGGUCGUCUUAGAGCUCAAGGUCCCUCAUCACAUAUCUUCUGACAUUGAAAACCCCACCACUGUUGAGCAAUUGUCCAAGGCUACAGGCGCGCCUGUUGGUCUGUUAGAGCGUAUGCUUCGUAUCUUGACCAAAAGGAUGAUAUUUGAAGAAAUCAAACCAAAAACAUACAUUCACAAUAUGUUCUCCGAGACCAUUCUGGUGCCGAGCGUUGAAGCCUGGGUAAGCUUAAGUUCCGACGACAACCUCAAAGCCGCGGCUGCCCUGUUGCCUCUUCUCAAAGAGAAUGGUUUCAAGAUUCCUCAAAAUGAUGGAAACUGUGCAUUCUCGAAAGCAUUUCAAACUCCACUCAAUCAAUUCCAGUACUAUUUUGACGUCGACCCUGAACGCAGCCGCAGAGCGGCGCUAUCCAUGGCAGCUUUCAACUCGACAUCCAUGUUUCGGGACUUUCCUUUCCCGUUCGACCAGUUACCACAAGACGGUGUAGUCGUCGAUGUGGGUGGAGGAGGCGGUCACGUCUCAGUCGAGCUUGCGAGGAAGUACCCACAUCUAAACUUUGUGGUUCAGGAUUUGGGUGAGUCCAUAGCUUCCGGUGCAGCAAACCCCGAAUAUGCCACGCUGCCCAUCAAAUGGCAGGAGCAUGGUUUGUUCGAACCGCAGGCAGUUAAAGGCGCCGAUGCGUAUAUCGUUCGUCACGUGCUUCACGGUUUUGAGGAUGAGACUUCAUCCAAGAUCAUUGGAUACAUUGCCAAAGCCAUGGAGCCUGGCAAGUCCAGGAUUUUGAUCAUCGACUGCGUGGUUCCGAAAGCGUUCGGUAGUGACUCUAUACCGUUUGUCAACGCAACUGACAUACUGGCUAUGCUGGGUGGAAACGGAAAGCAGCGUACUGUAGAGGCUUGGGAUGCCUUAGUUAAAAUGGCGGACAAGCGAUUGGAGGUGGUGAAAAUUUGGCAACAGGGGCAUCUGGCUUCCGCCGAUGCAGUCAUAGAGAUAAGGACGAGCCGCGUGUAG